AUGACCGACCUUGACCACGGAGAAUUCCUCAAAGAGCUCCCUGAAAUCCCCGAAGAGGAAUUCGUCAUCUUCGGCACCGUCCACGCCAAACCAGAGCACGCGGAUGCCCUUGAAGCGGUCUACGCCGAGACCACAAGACUCGCUGAAUUUGAACCCGGCACUGUUUAUUACUGUCUCGCACGAGAUAGCGACAAACCUAAUAUCUUCCAUUUCUAUGAGCGGUAUACGGGGAAGGAGGCUUUCGAUGCUCAUAAUGCUCAGCCGAUUAUUCAGAAGUUGAUAAAAGAUCAGUGGUUCAUCGGGGUUAAGGCCAAAUUUAUGAAAGCUAUUGGGCCGGCUUCAGUAUGA